CACCUGCGAGCUCUUGCAAAGUUACGACCACGUGACGCAUGCUAGCCAAUCAAUGUGGGCUAAUUCUGCACGCAUGAAAUACAUGUGCGACUGGAAAUUUUAAUGCAUGCGAAAUUUUGCGAAACUAGACAAAAGAUUCAACUUGUGGGACUAAAGUGGAGUUGUGGUGAGAAAGGUUGUGUAAUGACACUUUGAGACAUAUCAAACGAUUUAUGAAGCACACUGAACCAACAUUUGAAGACAGUUAAAAGAGAAGUGGGCCGAGAAGUGAUAGUAGAUAUUAUAUUUUGAUCUGCACCAUGGGAAACGUCUUUGCAGCUGAGAAAACUGGAUCGACAUCGGGCCCCGGUAGUCCCCCGAUGAUGGGCAUGCCUGUGCCACCCGUCUCCCCCGCUGCUGCGGCAGCGCUGGCCGCAGCAAACAAGGCCGGGAACGACCUCCCGAACCCGGGAAAUUUUGAAGAUCUUUUCAAGAAAGUUAAAGAAAUAUUUCCCACACCUCUGGAAGGAUGUAAAUUGGUAGUCAACAAAGGACUGAGUAACCAUUUCCAGGUCAGUCAUACAUUAUCAUUGUCAGCCUUCAAUCCAUCAUCAUAUCACUUUGGUUCAACAUACGUCGGAAGCAAACAGAUCAGUCCAACAGAGGCAUUUCCUGUUCUUCUUGGUGAUAUAGAUACCUCAGGGAGUCUCAACGCUCAGAUCAUCCAUCAGCUUGCUGAUAGAAUACGCUCUAAAUUUGUAGUACAGACACAGCAAACCAAAUGGGGUGUAUACCAAGCUGAGCUGGAAUACAAAGGCCCGUCCUACACCGGAGUACUAACCAUGGCUAACGUUGAUCCAUUAGAAGGAUCAGGUAUAGCCGUACUUCAUUAUAUGCAGAGUAUAACUAAAAGAUUGGCUUUGGGGGCGGAGCUUCUCUAUCAUUGUGGGCAGGGCCAGCAAGCUACUGUAGUCUCACUAGCAGGCAAAUAUGCAACUGAUAAUUGGAUUGCUUCCAGUACUGUAGGACCAACCGCAUUCCACGCAGCUUACUAUCACAAGGGAAAAGAAGUUCAAAUCGGUGUAGAAUUUGAGAGUAAUUUAAGAGGAAGGGAAUCAUCGGUCUCACUAGGGUACCAGGUUGAUCUGCCUGCUGCAAACGUUGUAUUCAAAGGCAUGGUAGACACAAAUUGGACAGUAGCAGCGGUAUUAGAGAAGAGACUUCAACCAAUGCCGUUCUCUUUUAUCUUGAGUGGUGUCAUCAACCAGUGGAAGAAUCAAUGUAGAUUUGGUUUUGGUCUUAUGAUAGGAUGAAUGCACAUUGCCAUCUAUUCAGGGCUUGCUCAGACACGGCGCGACCAAGUGUUCCAACAAACCGAUGCCAUGUUUUUAUGUACUAAAUGUAUGGGAUAUGGAGUUUUUCAUGAAGCAUAUAGUUAAUGAUUUCCACUGACAAAUAUGCUGUUAUCCAAUCAGAUUGCAGGGAUUUUGGUAGCUUAUAAAAAUAUUCAGUGAAAGUCAUUGAUGGAUGAAUCAUGAAACAUGUAGUCAAUUUUUUUCUCUGACUAAUUUGCUCUGGACCAAUCAGAUUGCAAGGAUUUUGGUAGCUUAUAACAAGAGUCAGUGAAAAAUCAAUGGCUAUUUGCCUCAUGAAAUGUUUCCAAGGAGACAAGAUUAAAGUUGCAGUGACAAGGGUGUUAAAUGCUUGGACCAAUCCUAUUGUUACAGUCACAACCAAUGAAUCUGCUUCAGACUGACCAUAUCUAUUACAUUAUUUCCAAAGACAAACCAUUGGUUGGUUUUCUCUGUGUGACUGUAGUUUUAAGAAUGUUUAUUGCAGUUAUAUUUCAGUUCUGGGACCCAGUUUCAUGAAGAGUUACAACUGUUGUAACUUUGCCAUAAUG